GUUUUGCUGUGAGACUGCGUGAGGAGGUUGGAAGAGAAGCCCGCGCGGAGUCGGGCCGCGCCCUGCGUGCGGGGUAAAUCUCAAGGUUUACUGGUACAAGAAGGAAAUUCGAACAAGCGGAAAAACUUGAAACUGAUGGACGUUGUAUGGGCCGGAGGCAGGGAUGGUCGGCUAUGACCCCAAAGCUGAUGGCAGGAAUAUUUCCAGUUUUGAGGUGGCUGUGGCUGGCUCUGUGUCUGGACUUGUCACUCGGGUGAUGAUCAGCCCCUUGGAUGUCAUCAAGAUACGUUUCCAGCUUCAGAUUGAACGCCUGUCUCGCAGUGACCCUGGUGCAAAAUACCAUGGGAUCCUACAGGCCGGGAGACAGAUCUUGCAGGAGGAAGGCCCCACAGCAUUCUGGAAAGGACAUGUCCCAGCCCAGCUUCUCUCUAUAGGCUACGGAGCUGUCCAGUUUCUGUCAUUUGAACUCCUGACCGAGCUGGUGCACAGAGCCACCAAGUACGAUGCCCGUGACUUCUCAGUGCACUUCGUGUGUGGCGGCCUGUCUGCCAGCGCAGCCACCCUCGCUGUGCAUCCUGUGGACGUGCUGCGUACUCGCUUUGCAGCUCAGGGUGAGCCUAAGGUGUAUAAAACCCUUCGAGAAGCCGUGGUGACCAUGUAUAGGACCGAAGGCCCCUUGGUUUUCUACAAAGGCUUGAACCCCACCUUGAUCGCCAUCUUCCCUUACGCCGGAUUCCAGUUCUCCUUCUACAGCGCCUUGAAGCACGUGCAUGAAUGGGUCAUUCCCACCGAGGGAGCAAACAGUGAGAACCUCAAAAACCUGCUCUGUGGCAGUGGAGCUGGAGUCAUCAGCAAGACCCUCACGUACCCCCUGGACCUCUUUAAGAAACGGCUGCAGGUUGGAGGGUUUGAGCGGGCCCGAGCCACCUUCGGCCAGGUCCGCACCUAUAAGGGCCUCCUGGACUGUGCCCGGCAGGUGCUGAGGGAGGAAGGCCCCAGGGGCUUCUUCAAGGGCCUGUCCCCCAGCCUGCUGAAGGCCGCUCUCUCCACCGGCUUCGUGUUCUUCUGGUAUGAGCUCUUCUGUAACCUCUUCCACCACAUGAAGAAGGCAGACAGCUAGCCCCGGGGCAGGCAGGGCUGCCUCCAGAAGGAAGGCAGACUUAGAGCUGCUGCCCGCACCCGCUCCCCUCCCCUGGCGUCUGCUCUGCCCUCACUAGAAAGGCAAGGGCUUUCUCGGGGAGAAUGCGGGACUCGAUCUGUGGGGUCGCAGCCACGCCAGUCAGAGGGCGCUGGAGCUGGUUUCUCUGUGAGGCUUGUGCUUGAAGGAGAGGCAGCAGCUGCCACCCUGCACUUCUUAGCCCCUCUGCCCAGACAUCUGUCCAGGCUCUGGGGACUUCAGCUGGAGCCUGAGGGUUGGGGUUGGGCCCUUGGUGGGGCCCCAGUCCUCACGUGCACUCAUGGCCCCACCAGCUAAUUUAACACACCCGAAGCUACAAGCACCUUCCUUAUCUCACUCCAUCUUCCAUUCUGCACCACAUCCCUCCUCACAAAGUAUGCAGGAAGGAACCCUUGCCUUCCUCAGAUUCCAUUUUUCUAAGCACUUGUAUCACUCACACAGCUUUGCUUCUGGCUCUGGGAGGAAGAACUGGUCACUUGAUGCCCAGAUCAUCCUGUCUAUGAAGUCUGGCUCAGGCUGUUCUCCCUCCCCUGGGUGGAUGGAGCAUAGCUGAGGGCCUCUGGGGAAAACAUUCUGGCGGCCAGCAGGAAGUGGGCUGUGCUCAUGGGCAGGACCUGUGGGUAAAGGGGGUGGUCUUUUUCAUUCCUCUCCCCAGGGUAGGGGUGGGAGCCUUAUAGCUGAGUCAGCUGGCAUCAGCUGCCCACCCAGGGUCCCCCCUCCUGGGCUCAGCAUGGUGCUAUGUGUGUCCUCUGUCACCCCAGAGGGGCCCCAGCUCUGAAGCAGCCUUGUGAAGGCGGUGGUAGAAGGAAAGGCCUGGGCAACCAGCCUGCUGAGGGUGGUUGGUGCCCGGAGUGGGGGUUGUCAGCACGGGAACUCACGACAGCUACUCAUCUGGGCACAGAGGAGAAACUGCAGUGAGGCGGUGGGGGAGACAGAUGUACAGAACACAACCACCACCUUUCCACCCACUUCGCACCCCCUGGGGAAGCCUUGCCUGCUGGCUUGCUCUACAAGGGAGGGGAGCCAGGAUGGAGGAGCACCAGAGCCCCCUGCAGGACUUCACCCUCCCCUCCGUGUGGGAGCAGGCCUGCGUGAUGUCAUAGCCUCUGGCCUGGGGCUUUACGACCUGUCUGAGACCCUGAAUCCUGAAGCUUCCCUGCUCCUGGCUGCUGAUUAUGAAGGUCCAGGCUGUGGGUAGGGGGUGCUCCAACACCCACAGGGUUUGGGGCUGCAGGAAAGCAGCUACCAGAAUGUAUUAAGAAAUUCCACUUUGGUGGAAUGAAGUAAACUUUAUUCUCUGCA